CCUCAAUGGCAGUGUACCUUCUCGCCCCAAUCAAGUGAAACCUCGACCGGACCCCUCACGUCAUUUCUCCUCGUUUGUUAGCUUCAUACGUUUCGCAACUCGUUUCCUCCGGGGCUGACUGAAGCUAGGUGACCUAUCAAUCGCAAUUCACACUGCCUGUAACCCAUCUUGUGCGUAGCGACGGGCUCGGAAUUGCGUCGGUGUGGCAACAUAAAGACAAUGCACGGCCACGGUGACCAGGACCAACACCGCAGAGAUAACAGUGGCGGAUUGGGUAACUGUCCGGGUCCUAGCAAGCACGCAAGCAGCAGGGCAUCGCCAACCCAGCAGAAUCACCUCACUCUCAGUAUCGCUAGCACUCACCUGGCACCGGCAUCACGGACUGAUGAUCCAUAUGACGAAUCACGAAGUCCCAGUCGUCCUCGGACGCCGUCUGUGGUAAACGUUCAGGAUCCCUUCGGGAAAACGACAGCAAUUUACCGCGACGACGAUCCAGCAAGCGUCACGGCCGGAAGGAAUGACUUUUAUAACCAUUCAAACAAUGGAAGCGAACACAGCUUCGCCAGUAUCAAGACCAUCACGGAUCUUGGGUUUGAGAGACAAGCUCAUGCGAAGCUCACGGCUGACCCGGUCGACCGAAGCCCGGAAUCAUUGCACCCGAGAAACGUCCGCAGCGAGAGCAACGCCAGCUCACUUCACUCAAACCAUGAAACUGAGGGGCCCAACGGCCAAAAGCAGUUGGCCAGGCGUCUGCGGAAAGCCCGCGUAGGAGCCAGCGACAAGGAUCCUCGGGACCGGGCAGUCUUCAUUCCUAUCAGCGACAUUGAACGCAUUAUCACGCAAGAAACUGUGCGAGAUGUUUUGGGGCAAGAGUUCCCCGAACUGCAGGGCGCUGAGGGAAAACCAGAGCUCGACAAAUUAACCCAAGACAUUUGCCCAUCCCGACGGCGACUGUUCGCGCUCUUGGUGCUGAACUUGAGCGCGAAAUGUAUCAAGUGCUUCGUCAAGUCCGGCGUCACAGACAUGGACUUCCCGUUCACCCAAGCUCCUGAUCCCUCCGAGUCAGCUAAAGUGCAUCCCAGGGGCGAUGUUGAAUAUGAAAAACCUCUCGACUGCUUUGGCAAGUGGAAGACUAGCGAGGUGGAAUGGUUCUUGGAAUGGCAGCACGCCGUGGCAUCUCCGUUUUUCGACCUCGGACCAGGAAGCUUAUACCUCUACACGCUACCCAGAGACAGCAGGCUGCCCUUCAUCGAAUCUGAGCUUGUAGCGAUGGGGGGCCACGCCAAUGUUUGGAAGGUCUUGAUCCAUCCGGCUCAUCAUAACUUCCCAACACAGCCAGGCACCGAUAAACAAUACUUCGCCGUCAAAACCCUCCAUACUCGACGAAGGGAAGAGUACGAGAGAGAGGUAGAAGUUCUCCAACGAUUCAGCGGCCGACACGAAGGUCACCCGCACCUCAUCCGGCUUCUCCUCACUUACCAGCACAAGGACGCUUACCAUAUGACCUUCCCCUGGGCUAAUGGAAACCUGCGCGACUUCUGGGAGAAUGAACCGGCGCCACAGAGAACCCAGGACAUGGCACGUUGGAUGGUUACCCAGUGCUUCGGCAUUGCUGACGGUCUGCAAAAAAUUCAUGGCGACGGGCAUGUCGCCGGACUGAGCUCGAACGAUAAGAACACGGGUCGACACGGCGACAUCAAGCCUGAGAAUAUCCUGUGGUUCAAAACGUACAACGGCAGCGACAACCACCUGCUCAUCUGCGACUUUGGCUUGAGCAGGUUCCACAGCUACCAGUCGCAAUCCAUAGACAAACUUCCCGGCUGCUCCCCUAGCUAUCGCCCGCCCGAAUGCGACCUCUACCGGCUUAGAAUCUCGGUGAAAUACGACAUCUGGACGCUGGGCUGUCUGUUGCUCGACUUCCUUACUUGGUACCUCCGCGGCUGGUACGCUGUUGACACUCAGUUCACCGACGCUCGCCUUGCCGACGAAGGAUGGGUUCCCUUCAACCCGGGCUCCAUUUCGGACCAUGAGAGGCCGUACUACGAAGACAAGUUCUACAAACUGAGAGAUGAUGGCAAGUGUGUGAGCGCGCAGUUAAAACCGUCGGUGAUCAAGGUCAGGCUAGCACUCAUGCAACCCUGUUUUCACUCUUUGCCUUGUAUUGUCUACCAGGUUGUGCGUGGAAAAGCGAGCUGACAACUGUUGUCGGUAAACAGUGGAUGGAGGAACUGCACAAGCUCGACUAUUGCCCAGAAUUCGCGCACGAUCUCCUGAGGAUCAUUCACGAAGGUCUCCUACAUCCUGACAAGAGGCAAAGGUGGGAUUGCACCCAAAUCGUAAACGAGCUCGGUAAGAUCCGCCAAAAGUGCAACAGCAGCGAGACGUACUGCGUUGCACCCUCUAUC